CUGCGCAGGAUGCAGCUGCUGCUGGCGCUGCUGGCCCUCGCCGCCGCCCGGCCGGCGGCCCGCGCAGAGUCACACUGGUGCUACCAGAUUCAAGCCAAGGCCUCCAACUACAGCUGCCUGGGGCCAGAUGAGUGGACGCACGACUGCCAGAAGGACCGGCAGUCUCCCAUCAACAUCGUCACCGCCAAGGCUCAGGUGGACCCAAGCCUGGGGCGCUUCUCCUUGUCUGGCUAUGACCAGAAACAGAAGUGGAAUGUCACCAACAACGGGCACACAGUGAAGGUGUUGCUGUCCAGUAAUAUCAUCAUCUCUGGGGGAGGCCUGGAUGCCCAGUACCAGGCCACGCAGCUGCACCUGCACUGGUCCAAGAAGCUGGAUUGGGGCUCGGAGCACAGCCUGGAUGGGGAGCAUUUUGCCAUGGAGAUGCACAUAGUCCACGAAAAAGUCAAAGAGACAUCAAAGAACAAGAAGGAAGCCCAGGACUCCAAAGACGAUAUCGCAGUGCUGGCCUUCAUGGUGAAGGCCGGAUCCCAGAAUGAUGGCUUCCAGCCCCUGGUGGACGCACUGCCUCAAAUCUCCCAGCCUGAAAUGUAUACUGUGAUGAAAGAGGGCAUCAGCCUGUUUGACCUGCUCCCGGAGGAGGAGAAACUGAAACUCUACUACCGCUACCUGGGCUCACUCACCACACCUGGCUGUGAGGAGAAAGUCAUCUGGACUGUGUUUGAGGAGCCCAUUCAACUCCAGGAGAAGCAGAUCCUGGCGUUCUCGGAGAAGCUGUACUAUGAUAAACAGAAGAAAGUGAGCAUGACAGACAACGUCAGGCCCCUGCAGCGCCUCGGACAGCGCUCAGUAUUCAAGUCCCAGGCCGCAGGACAGCUGCUGGCCCUGCCCUUGACCUCCCUGCUGGCUCCCACACUCGCCUACCUGACUGUUGGCUCCCUCCGAUGAUGGCUUCUUUCUGGACACUUCUGACCUCCACCCUUAGUGGAUUUAGGCCUUAA